GCCAGCCCUCAGCUCGCCCGGCGCGGCAGGCGGGUCCCGCCGACCGGAGAGCCCGGGUGGUCUUUCCUGAUGGCGGCGGCGGCCGGGCGGUGAGGAUCCCCUCGCUGGGGUUGGCUGCGGGCGGCUCGGGCAGGCUGCGGGCGCCGCAGGUGGAAGAAGAAAGGUGCCGCUGCGGCAUGAAGACAGACUCGUUUAGUCGCCAGUCACUUAAGCUGAGUGCAUUGUGAUUUCCAAUAAUUGAGGCAGUGGUUCUAAAAGCUGUCUACAUUAAUGAAAAGAGCAAUGUGGCCAGCUUGACUAAGCCGCCAGCGUGCAGCGCGGCAGGACGCGCCUGGGUCUCGGCGGACUUGUGCAUGUUAGCUGUGUAGAUUUAUGUGAGGGCUUAUAAAACUCUGGUCUUUAAAGUAGUCUUAAGCGCUUUUAAUAUGGAGACAGAUGAGAGCCCCUCUCUGCUCCUGCAUGGGCCCGCAGGAGAAGCGGUGAUGGAGAGCCGAGCUCGCCCCUUCCAAGUGCUGCCCCGUGAGCAGUCUCCACCACCUCCCCUGCAAACGUCCAGUGGUGCAGAGGUAAUGGACGUUGGCUCUGGUGGUGAUGGACAGUCCGAACCCCCUGCCGAGGACCCCUUCAACUUCUACGGAGCUUCUCUUCUCUCCAAAGGAUCCUUCUCUAAGGGCCGUCUCCUCAUAGACCCGAACUGUAGUGGCCACAGCCCGCGCACCGCCCGGCACGCACCUGCGGUCCGGAAGUUCUCCCCUGAUCUUAAGUUGCUUAAGGAUGUAAAGAUUAGUGUGAGCUUUACUGAGAGCUGCAGGAGUAAGGACAGGAAGGUGCUGUACACAGGAGUGGAGCGUGACACGCGGGCGGAAUGUGGUCUGCUCCUUAGCCCUGUCAGUGGGGACGUGCAUGCUUGUCCCUUUGGCGGGAGUGUUGGUAAUGGGGUAGGCGUAGGGGGUGAGAGUGCUGAUAAGAAGGAUGAGGAGAAUGAGCUGGAUCAGGAAAAGAGAGUGGAGUAUGCAGUGCUCGAUGAGUUAGAAGAUUUUACUGACAAUUUGGAGCUAGAUGAAGAAGGAGCAGGCGGGUUCACGGCUAAAGCAAUCGUUCAAAGAGACAGAGUGGACGAAGAGGCCUUGAAUUUCUCCUAUGAGGAUGACUUUGACAAUGACGUGGAUGCUCUGCUGGAAGAAGGCCUCUGUGCUCCCAAAAAGAGGCGAACAGAGGAAAAAUAUGGAGGAGAUAGUGACCAUCCCUCUGAUGGAGAAACGAGUGUGCAGCCGAUGAUGACCAAGAUUAAAACUGUGCUCAAAAGUCGCGGCCGCCCCCCGACGGAGCCGCUGCCCGACGGGUGGAUCAUGACAUUCCAUAACUCCGGAGUCCCGGUGUACCUACACAGAGAGUCUCGGGUGGUCACCUGGUCCAGGCCAUACUUCUUGGGAACGGGAAGCAUACGGAAGCACGACCCUCCUCUGAGUAGUAUCCCCUGUCUGCAUUAUAAGAAAAUGAAGGACAAUGAGGAGCGGGAGCAGAGCAGUGAGGUCACCCCCAGUGGGGAGGUGUCCCCCGCCAAGCCCCUGAGCCGAUCUGCAGAGCUGGAGUUCCCUCUAGGCGAUCCUGACUCCAUGGGCGCUGACUCGGGGACCCCAGAUGAGAAGGACCCAUUAGGGACCGAGGCGGCCCCCGGGGCCUUGGGGCAGGUGAAGGCCAAAGUCGAGGUGUGCAAAGAUGAAUCGGUCGAUCUUGAGGAAUUUCGAAACUACCUGGAGAAGCGGUUUGACUUUGAGCAAGUUACUGUGAAAAAAUUCAGGACUUGGGCUGAACGGCGUCAGUUCAACAGAGAAAUGAAGCGGAAACAGGCUGAGUCUGAGAGGCCCAUCCUGCCAGCCAAUCAAAAGCUCAUCACUUUAUCAGUGCAGGAUGCACCUACGAAGAAAGAAUUUGUCAUUAACCCCAACGGGAAGUCUGAGGUCUGCAUCCUGCACGAGUACAUGCAGCGUGUCCUCAAGGUCCGCCCCGUCUAUAAUUUCUUUGAAUGCGAGAACCCAAGCGAGCCUUUUGGUGCCUCGGUGACCAUUGAUGGUGUGACUUAUGGAUCUGGAACUGCAAGCAGCAAAAAACUUGCGAAGAAUAAAGCUGCCCGAGCCACUCUGGAAAUCCUCAUCCCUGACUUUGUUAAACAGACCUCUGAGGAGAAGCCCAAAGACAGUGAAGAGCUCGAGUACUUCAACCACAUCAGCAUCGAGGACUCGCGGGUCUAUGAGCUGACCAGCAAGGCCGGGCUGCUGUCCCCAUAUCAGAUCCUCCACGAGUGCCUUAAACGAAACCAUGGAAUGGGUGACACAUCCAUCAAGUUUGAAGUGGUUCCUGGUAAAAACCAGAAGAGUGAAUAUGUCAUGGCGUGUGGCAAGCACACAGUGCGCGGGUGGUGUAAGAAUAAGAGAGUUGGAAAACAGUUAGCUUCUCAGAAAAUCCUUCAACUGUUGCACCCACACGUCAAGAACUGGGGCUCUCUACUGCGCAUGUAUGGCCGUGAGAGCAGCAAGAUGGUCAAGCAGGAGACCUCAGACAAAAGUGUCAUCGAGUUGCAGCAGUAUGCGAAGAAGAACAAGCCCAACCUGCACAUCCUGAGCAAGCUCCAGGAGGAGAUGAAGAGGCUGGCUGAGGAGAGGGAGGAGACACGGAAGAAGCCCAAGAUGUCGAUUGUGGCGUCUGCGCAGCCUGGCGGUGAGCCCCUGUGCACUGUGGAUGUGUGAGGCAGCAGCACGCCCGGGGUGUGGGGGCCUCCCACGGCACUGCCCAGGAGACCACCAGUCACUCAUCAGCUACUGGAGUCAGGCCUCCAACUUCAGUUCCUCCCUUGUGGCCAGAGUAUCUGAGGGCCUGGGCCAGAGGUGGAGGCUCUGGUGCAGGGGACAGGCACAGCCACACAGCAUACGUAAGGUAGUGAUUCUCCCUUGGAAGCUGCUCCCGGGCCUGGACAGGUUGACUCUUCAGUGCCUGCACAGGAGGGAGCUGUAGUUCCUAGGCAGCUGCAGACCUCGGUGCACCUGAUGCAGGCUGCUUUCACGAAGGUUCUCAUGGUUCUGGUGUGUGACCUGCCCUGACAACUUUUGAGAAAGGACACUGAGUGCUGUGACUGUGGCUGGCUUGUGGUGCCAAGUGGCCCCUGUGCCUGGGCCGCUUGCAGAGCCCAUUGCAGGGUCCUGGCCAGCAGGUGCACCAGCACCCCUCCCCCACCUGCCUUCUGUGUUUUCCCUUUUUCCUCUGAAGAAGUUACAACAGAGGAGUAUUUCAGACCUUUUUGGUUUAAAAUAAACAGAAUUUUAGCAUCAGCACUGCUUUUCAAGAUGGCAGGCAAACCAUCAAGGUUGCUCCCCAGCCUGGAUGCAGUGCCAGCGAGGAUGUUCUGUGGCCUCCCUGGCAUGCUGGCCUGCUGCUGAGCAUGGUCCACUUUUGUGAUCAAGUCUUAAUACCCUGAAAGUGCACCUCCCUGGACACUGAGGCCACCUUUGCUGGCCUCUGGCAACAGUUUUUUAUGAAGAUUUUUGCACAGUCAAGUCCAUUUGUCCACUCAUUUAUUUUUAAAGCUUUUAUGAUAUUUUAGCAUUUGGAAAAGAAACUUUUACAGUGAGGGUAGUAGAUAGAUUUGGAGUCAUGCAUUUUACCAAGUGGACUUCUUUAAAUAGGAAGCAAGGCCUUCAGUGCAGUCAGUCUACUUGGUAUGGACGCACAGUGAGUGGCUGCCUCCUGGUGACAGUGGCUUCCCUGGAUCUUAGUGGAGGCUGCCCUUACUCCUCAACCAGCACUGAUGCUUGCUGGGCCCCUGUGGAUGGGUGUGGGGUGUAUGUCCCAGGACAUGAGGGUGUACUCAGGGCCCUGGUGGUGGUGCCAGCUAUUGCUGGCCAUCCCUAGCACCCAUAUAGGGUGCCAUGUCUUCAUGCCAUCUGAUGCAAGCAAGCCCAGCAUUUUGAGGCAUCUGCCUUACCAUGCUGCCCAUGGGUGGGGUGAUGGUGUUUUUUCUUUGGAAGACAUGGGGUCAGCCUGUGGGCCACCCACAGCAUAUCCUUCCAUCACCACCUGUAUGACCAAGGUUGGCUUCUGUGUUGACCUUUCAAAAGAAAUCCCUGAAUCAAGUUGCUGUAAUUAGAACCUGCUUCUGUCUUGCCUCCCGUCUGCAGCUGUGAAUAAUCACUUGACCAUGACUGUUGCCCUUAAGACAGCCAGAUGCGCCUGUGAACCAAAGCUCUGUGCACAUGUUCCCCUGGAGACCAGGGAGCCUUGCCGUCACUCACUG